AUGGCUUCUACUAAGGGCGUCGCUCUGAUCACUGGCUCUUGCCAAGGCCUAGGAAGGGCUAUCGCCCUCAGGCUAGCAGAAGAUGGAUUCGACGUCUCUAUCAAUGACCUACCAUCGAAAACUAGGGAGCUUGAGGCCCUUGCAGCCGAAAUUAUCGCAAAAGGGAGGAGGCCGUGCGUCGUACCAGGAGACGUCUCGGUUGAAAGUGAUGUCAUAAGUAUCAUAGACAACACUGUUCACGAACUGGGGGCGUUGAACGUUAUGGUGGCCAAUGCUGGCGUUUGUACCUUCCGUAGCAUCUUGGACACUUCCACGGAUGAUUGGAAUCGUAUCUUUACGAUAAACGGACAGGGAACUUUCCUCUGCUACAAGUACGCUGCGAAGCAGAUGAUCAAACAAGGUAACGGCGGACGUAUUGUGGGCGCUUCUUCCAUUGCGGGGAAACAAGGUUAUAGCGAUUUAGCCGCUUAUAGUGCAUCCAAAGGUGCCAUCCGCCUUUUCACACAAAGUGCUGCCCGAGAAUUCGGACCAUAUGGCAUCACAGUGAAUGCAUACGCACCUGGACAGCUUCUGGAGCCUACUGACAUUGCUAGUAUCGUAUCUUAUCUCGUUUCUAGUGAAGCACGUCUCAUAACAGGUGGGUGGUAA